CGGCACAGUCUGGCACGCUUUGAAUCAUCCUCAAACAAAACAAUUCAGCACAUAACACAAAACCCGUUCAAAGAGAGGUUACAUGCGUUGUUAUUUAUGUUUAUACGUGUGUUAUAUGUAAUUUCAACGUUACUUGUUGAUGAUAAAAAUUAUUAAAGAUGGAUUUGCCGGCAACGCAAUUAAUAAACGAGGACGAUGAUGAUACCUCGUCCCAGUCAUUUAAUUCAUCACAAACUACCCCUAAGAGGGUUCACCAGGUCGCUAAUUUGUGUAUUGGGGAUAAAAAGUAUCCAGUUUUUCGAGGCAUUAAUAAAAUUGGUCGUAAUCCUGGAUGUGACAUUUGUAUUAAUGAUUUAACUGUUUCGAAAAAUCACGCAGAAAUUGAAAUUAAUAAACAUUGUUAUUAUAUUUGUGAUUUACGUUCAUCAAAUAAAACCCGAAUCAAUAAUGAAAUAUUACGACCAGAUCGUUUUUAUCAAAUAGUUGAUGGUUCAAGAUUAACUUUCGGAGUUAUUAAUGCCCGGUUUUUAUUGCUCAGAGAUAACAAUGAUUCAAUUAUUGUACCAGAAACACCAGCACCUGGUCUUAAAAUUCGUUAUGAUGGUAACAAGUCAUCAAUUACAGACAGCGAUGAUUCUGUAAUUCUUGGAACUCAAGAGGCUAAAGAUGAUGGUGUCUUUGCUAAACCAUCAUUACCAAUUCGUAGUCCUAGUUCACGAGACGCUCGUGGUAAUAAAAUACGCAGACAAUUAAAUACCAGCAUCCAUGACAUUGAAACACAGAAAUUUGAUCAACCUAAUGAAAAUAAUGAUCCAGCUAUUUUUGAUUGUGAAACACAAAAAAUAAAUAAUUCUACAUCAGAUUUAGAUAAAGUUAAUUCAAUUUAUGAUGUAAACACACAGCAGUUGGAUCAUGAUAAAGUUAAAAAAGAUAUUUUUGAAUUGGAAACACAAAAAUUAGAUGCUGAUAAAGUGGAUGUUGAUGGAUCAGAUAUUUAUUGUAUGAGUACGCAGCCAGUCAAUGGGGCGGAUCAUAACAACCGUAUUUAUGAUUUGGAGACACAAAAAAUUGAUUCAAAAGCUGAUGAGGCUUCAAGUCUUUAUGAUGUAGCAACGCAAAGAAUGAAUGCAGAUGAUGAAGAUGAUGAUAUAUAUAAUUGUGAAACACAGCGUAUUAAUAAACAGUUUGAAAUUACAAUAAGUAAAUUUAAGAAGAAUCGAAUUCCCAGUAAGAGCACGAGCGUUCAGAAUGAAGCAGCUUUGGUUCUACAAAAAUAUGAUGAUAAGAAAGUUGAUGAAGGCGACAAGAAGCUACAAAACGUAAGUACAUCAAUCGUCGAGGACUCGGAAAUGGAUGACGAGCUUCUCGAUGAUGAUAAUAAUAAAUUAAAGCAAAGUUGUUCUUCGGUUCAUCAAAGUAAUGGAAAAAUGAAUUCGGAAACUAUUAAUAAUGAUGCCUGUAAAAAAUCUAAUAAUAAUCUACCUUCGACAUCAACCAAUGCACAGUCUCAUAUUAUCGCUGAGACAGAUGAUGAAUCUGAAACGGAUGAUGAGGAAGUGUUAGUUAAUAUAAAAAAUAAUGAACAAAGUAAAAAUAAUAAUAAUAAUAAUAAUAAUAAUAAUAAUAAUAAUAAUAAUAAUAAUAAUAAUAAUAAUAAUAAUAAUAAUGAGGCUGGUAGUGGGUCGGAAACAGAUGAUGAAGAAGCGUUGGUUAAUUCACAUAAUAAUGAACAAAAUAAAACAAAUAAUGAUAAGAUUGAUAACGAUUCAGAAACAGAUGAUGAAAAUUAUCUCGAAUCGUUAAAAUCUACGAAACCAGAAUCUUCUACUACGGCGAGUAUUAAUGUAAAUAAUUUAAUGAUUAGAAAAGUUGAUGAUAAUUUAGAAAAUAAUGCAUGUCCAAGUCCAGUGCUUGUUGAUUUUUCUAAAAUUCAACAACCUGGUAUGGGAACAAAUGAUAAUGAUGAUGAAACAGAUGAUGAUGAAAUUUAUAUGACACCUAAUCAGUUGGUGUCACCUCGACAAAAAGAAUUAUCAAAAGUUCAAAAAGAGCCGUCGGGUCUUGAACGAUAUGACACAGCACCAUCUACAGUAACAACUGGACCAACGAAUUUAAAUUUACCGCGAAAUAGUGAAGUUGAUUGUGAUCCUGAUGCACUUACUCAAAUUAUUCCGUCAUUAAAAAAUAAUGCAUGUGAAAAAAUAAAUAAAUCAAUUAGAAAUAGUAAUGAUAAUAAAGUUUGUGAUGACUUGGCGUCAACUCAAGUAAUAAAUGUACAAAGUGAUGAUAAAUUUGCUGAAGAAAAUGAUGAUGAGACUGAUGAUGAAGAAUUAAAUCAACAUCUGUCUCUUAAUAAACAAUUAGUUGAUAAAAAUAAUAAAGGAUCAGUCAAUAAUAAUAAUAAAAAGCAUGUUAAUGAAGUUGAUGAGUCAGCAGCAACGCAGAUUGUUGAUUUUUCAAAUAAAAAUAGUAAGAAUCAUGAAAUGGAUACUCAAAAAAUUAGAGAAACACAACACGAUGAUCUAGAGCCAACUCAAAUUAUUGAUUUCCAACCAUCUGUUUCCACGAAGCAUCAAACGAAUAAGCAAUCGAGUGAUAAAAAUAAAGGAGAUAAUGAUAAGGAUUUAGAUGAUUUAAAUAAUGCACCAACACAAAUUAUAAAUUUUGAUAAUAAAUCAGAGAAAUCUAAUGAUAGAUUUGACAGUAGUGAUUCAGACGAUGAUAGAUCAAUUAGUCCAACUACAAAUCGUCGGAGCUCACGUAAAGCAGCAUCUUCGACUCCCGUUUCUUCAUCAGUUGCUAGGAAAAAAAGUUUGUUUGGUUUAAAAAAUCUUCGAGUUAAUCUCGAUAAAAUAUCAGAUCCGCAAAAUGAUUCAGUUACUGAUAAACAAAAUAUAAAUUUGCAGUCGGAUAAUAAAAAAAUUAAUCAUGAUAAAAAAACAGAUUUAAAUGAUGAUAAUAAUUUACACGAUGAUAGUAUAGCUAAAAAUUUAGAUGCAAUGUUUGGUGGUAGUAAUGAUGAUGAACUUGAGGAUCCAAUGCCGCUUCCAACUCAGCAGCUUGAGGAAAUUUUAAGUGAUGUACCUGAAAAAUUAUGUAAUGUUAAUAAUUUUAAGAAAUCCAAUAGUCAAGAUAGUAAAAAGAAUUUACGAAACAAUAAAAAAAUUUGUGAACCCCGGGUGGAUUCACGUGCAUCGACACCUGAUACGCAAGAAGUUUACUUUGCUAGUUUGUCUUCCAAGAAGAAGAAGAAAAGUAAUUUAAUUAUCGAUAGUCAGGGAAGCUCUGAUUCACAAUCGGCUAGUAAUCGUCAACGUAACCUGACGAAAGAGGUCGUUUACGCUCCAGGUACUGCUGGAUUUUCAAAUGGAGUCGCGGUGAACAGUGAUGAGUCCGUUGGAGCAAUGGAAUCACCGACAAAAAAACUCAAACCAAAUGCUAAAAAUGGAGAAAAAGGUGUCAACUCUGAUAAUGAAAGUAAGAAAACGGUCGAUCCAGUUAAUGAGGAUGAUUUUUUUGCAGGGUUACCCAAAGUUCGUAUACCUGGUACUGAUUCUUAUCCAGGUAGUCCCAUUAGUUCAUCAGAUAGUGAGGAUGAUUAUUCGAUAUCUCAAGUUUCUAAGAUACUUGAAAAACAAAUGGCUGAAAUAAAAGCAAGGGAAGGUGACGAUAGUGAUGGCGAUGAGGGUGUUUUUUAUAAUUUAAAAAAAAAAUCUGAACAAUCCAAAUCAAAAAUAACUGGUAUGGAUACUCCAUUACCUAAAAUAAAAAAUAUUGAUGAUAGUAAUUCUUCAUCGGACAGUGAAGUUGAUUUUGCCCGUUUAAAACAACUGGCAGAUCGACUUCUUGACGCUAAUGAUAAAGAAAAAAUUUUGACAGGUCUCAAAGGAGUUGGAAGUAACAAUAAAAAAGAUGUAAAACAGAAUAAAAAAGAACUCACUGCGAAAGCUACUACUUCCAACGUCACUAACAAGAAACCAUUAAGAAAACGUACUUUUCCAAAAAAAUUUACUGACGGAACAUUUGCUACUGAUAAAAAUACUUUGGACGAUGAUGAUCAAGAUAAAGUUCCGGUACCUGCGAAGCGUUCUCGUAAAACGCGGAAAAUCUCCGAGUCUGAUAGAUCUAUAGCAUCAGUUAGUUCAACUGCUGAAGCGCAAAAGUAUCAAGUUGAAAAGAAAAAAAAUACUACUGCUAAAAAAUCAAAGAUAACGGAUAUUGAUGAAAUAAAUUUGCUUAAUCCAUUAGUCAAUUUAGGUCCUAAAGAACAAAAAGCUCAAGUAGAGCCAAAGAAAAAGACUGCUGCUAAACGACCAGAUAAAACAGAUAUUGAUAAAACUAAUUUGCAAAGUACAUCAGCUAGUUCUGGUGGUGAAGAGAAAUCAGUUAAAUUGGAGUCCAAGAGAAAGGUUGUAGCUAAACGAGCAAAGAAAGUUGAUGAAGAUCAAAGCAAUUUGCUUGACUCUUCUACUUCGUCAACAGUAUCCUCAAGCAGUACAUUGAACAGUACAGCUAAAUCAAAAAGAUCAAUAGCCAGUAGUAUUAUGGAUUCUCCAUCUACUUCUGCUCGUUCAAGACACAGCGUUCGUCCAGCUGAUAAAAUGCAAUAUAAAAUAAUGUUCACUGGUAUUAGUUAUGAAGAUUAUGAAUCGGCGAUUCAGAGACUCGGUGGAUCGAUAACUAAUGAUCCAAUGACAGGAACAAUUUUAGUAACCGAUAAAGUUCGCAGAACUUUGAAAUUUAUUUGCGCAAUUUCACGCAGUGUUCCUAUAGUUUCUGAGCAGUGGAUAAGCGCAAGUAUUGCAAAUAAUAAAUUCGUUGAUACUAAUAAGUAUAUUCUGAACGAUAAAGCUGCUGAAGCUAAAUUUGGAUUUAAUUUACAACAGAGUUUGAUUAAAUCUAAAGAUAAUAAACUAUUGCAUAAUACUACGUUCAUUAUAACAACUGGCGUAAAUCAACCGAGCGUUAAUGAACUCAAAAAUAUGAUACAAGUUUCGGGAGGUAAAGCUUUAAUACGAGCUCCUAAAACAUGGUCACCAAAUACGUAUAUCAUCAGUUGUCCUGAAGACGUUCCGAAAUUGAAAAAAUUAAUAUCAAAUAUACCAAAAAAUAUUGUAGUUCCGGUUGUUACUACUGAAUUUUUGCUAAUUGGUAUUCUUCAACAAAAAUUAAAUAUAAAGGAACAUAAGCUCAGUUUUUAAAAGUAAUACUAUUAAUUCAAAAAAUUGGGCUUAAGUGUAAUGUAAUUAUAUUUUUAUAAUAUGAAAAUUAAUAUUUAUAUGAUAAACUUAGUAUAAGAAACAAAAAAAUUAUUAUUACACUUAAAUAUUAUUUUAAAAUUAAUAUUAAACUUACAUUAUUUUUUUAUAAAUCUCAUAUAUUAAAUUAUAUUAAAUAUAAAUUAGUUAUAAUUAAAUUUAUGUAAGGUAAAAGAUCUAGUACCCGAUCAGGGAACUAU